GGCGUAAACUCUGACUCUAGUAACCUUCAGGACAACAGUUUUCCAUGCUUUAGGUAAUUUGUGUCGAGUAUGAUCUCGUGUUAUUUUUUUAAAAUUCAAAUUUUGAAAGUUAGCAAAUUAUACAGAAUAAAAUUGUGUACACCCACUCUAGAUUCUUACUAACAACCAAUCCAACAAAAUUUGAUCAAUUGUUCAAAAUGUCAGCUAAAGAACCGCCUCCUAAAAAAUCAAAAUCUUUCGUAAAUGACGAAAAAACCCAAAAGAAUGUAAGCCCCAGCACAGUCAAUUCACCAUCACCAGGAACCUCUGCUAGUUCAUCAAAAGAACUUAUCGAAAAAAGUAUAAAAUUAGUAGACCAACUUUUGAAAAAAGGAGUCGACGUGAAUUUCGCAACAGAAACCAAGGAGCCAGCCCUUCAUUCAGCCAUCAGUGCCAACAAUUUACCCCUAGUUGAAAAACUAAUAAGUGCAGGUGCUGACGUCAAUAUGAUGUCGCUCGCCAAAGGUCCAUUUUAUGACCUUACUCCUCUGCAAGUAGCAGUCGAGAACGAAAACGUCAAAAUAGUUGAGUUGCUCAUAAAAAAUAACGCUCACGUUAACAUCGACAGCAAAAGGAGCACAGUUCUUACCAAAGCAGCUCGAAAGGGUAAUUUUGAGCUAGUCGAUCUAUUGAUAAAGGCCGGAGCUCACGUAAAUCCAGACAGCGAGCAAGCCAAGCCAUUGCACAUGGCCAUUGCCAAAAAUAAUUACGAAAUGACUGAAUGUCUGAUAGCACGAGGCGCGGAUGUCAAUUCAAUUUCAAAAAAUAGAACGUCAUUGCAGACUGCUGUCAAAAGAGGAAACAAACCGAUCGUUGAAUUGUUACUCAGACAUUCUGCUGAUGUCAAUGACUGUCUGAAUGGAAAAUCAGUUCUGUGUAUAGCCGUCGAAAAUAACAAUUUUGAAUUGGCCGAGUUACUGCUGAAUGCUGGUGCCUGUAUAAAUCCGAUUUCCUUCUAUGGUGUGCCAUUGCAUUGGGCCAUUUUAGAAAAUAACUAUGGAAUGGUUGAGUAUUUGAUAACCCGGGGUGCUGACGUCAAUGGGAUUGGGUUCGUUGAUAAAUAUCCUUAUCAAUUGCACGGUAAUUUUUCUCCACUACAACUGGCUGUCAGAGUUAAUAAUUUAAACAUAAUAAAUCUCCUGCUAAAUAACAACGCAGAUAUAAAUUUAGUUGUCAAUAAUGAUGAAUUUUUUGAUGACAGUAUAACAGCAUUACAUUUUGCCGUUGAAUUUGAUUAUAGUGAAGCUGCUAAAUUGUUGUUAAAUAAUAAUACGAUUGACCUAGAAGUUGUGACAGCAAUAAAUCAGGAAUCUGUCCUGCAUUACGCGGCUAGAUAUUCCAAGGAUGAUAGUAUGGUAAAUGCUCUGCUAGAAGCUGGUGCUGAUGUUAAUCAUUUAAAUGGUUUUGGUAAUGCAGCGAUCAGCUGCUCGGCGACACUCGAUGUGAGAAAUUCAAUGGAACAACAUAUCGUUAAAUUGGUAGCCGCUGGUUUUGCUGUCGGUGAAAAAAAUUUACAAGAGGUCGAAGAAGAGCAGAUUGAAAAUUUAUAUGAAAAAUGUUGUAAUGAAAUUGAGAUGAUGAGAAAAGUUAAAAUUUUUGAGACUAAUUACAGUUUUUACGAGAUACUGAAAAAAAGCCGACAUGAAAUAGCUCUAUUUUUGAUUAAUGUAAGCGAUGAUAAUUUUUUUAAUGAAGAUGAUUUACGACUAAGGUUUCCGUUAUACGGGGGAAUUAUUUAUAAUCGUUUAAAAAAAGGAAUUGAUAGAAGAAAUUUUUUAUUGAAAGUUUUGCAUUUGCUUUAUGAUAUUUUGAGUGAACAACUGCCGGAAUUAAUUUUAAGAAAAGUUACCCAAUACUUGACAAAUCAAGACUUGAAAAUAUCAUCGGAAUAAUUUGAAUUAUUCGAUUUGCUGUUAUCACUAUCAUGGAUUUUCAUAUGUAUGUAAAUAUAUGUUUAAUUUUUUUGUUCAUCCAAUAAUUAUGUAAAUAAAAUAUCAAAAUAUAAGACGCGUGAAGAAGUUUUUUUAACUAAUUUGGUAAAGUUUGUAAUCAAAGGCACAGAAAAUAUUUGUAAAAAAUACAAAUACUGUAAAAUUUACUUGUGGCUCGUAAAAUGAUAACUACUGUGAUUAAAAGCUGUGAUUAAAUUCAGAUUGAAACCGUGAAAAAAAUAUGAGACUGAAGUUAGCCGACGUCGAAUACUUUUCGAAUUUUUUUUUAAAACGAUAAAUUAUUUUUAAAAAAUAUUUGAACAAAUUGCACUGAUAGUUUUUUAAAUUUUCUACAUGUGCAUUUUUUUAGUUCUUGUUUUUUUGUAAUUUAUCUGUUGAAAAAAAAAAUCCGAAAAUUACUAAUUGUCUGUUAACUUCAGGAUCAUAAAAAAAUUCAUAUUUGAAACAAUGAAUAAGAAAUUUACUACUUUCAAGUACGAAACUUGAAUCAUUUGCUGAGAAUGAAUGAAGAUAAAUGAGGAUAAGAUAAUCAUAGAUUUUCCUAUCCAUUUCCAUGAUUAUUUCCGUUAUCCGACUUGGGAAAUUGAGUUUCAAUUCAUUCGAAACCUUCUGAUUUGAAUUUUCCAAUCGGAUUCAAUCAGAGUAAAUAAAUAGAGAUUCUAAAAGUAAAAAAAAGUUGCUUGAGAUUUAGAUUAGAGUUAAGUUAGUAUCAAAUUCAAAUAUUAUUGAAUAUAAAGAUUUUACUACAAAACCGAAAAUACCCGAAUCAUAUUCUCAAUAAUUCAACUACACAGCCACAAUUUCUAUAAAUUUCUAAGUAUUUUUAUUCGUUUAUUUGACUACAAUUGAUAGUCAUCAAACUUUUGAAUUUUUUUCACAUUUUUGAAUGGUAAAAUUUAAAUAACGCAUUAAUUAAUUACUGUAUUAUAUAUUAAUUUCAAAUAAUACCGAAGUUAGCCGCUAAUAAUUUUUGAAUUUUUUUAAAAAUGAUAAAUUAUAAACAAAAUAUUUCAAAAAUUGCACCUGUAGCUUUUUUAAUUUUCUACAUGUGCAUAUUUUUUUUGCAAUUGAUUCGCUAAAAAAAAAUUCAAAAAUUGUUAAUAUUCUG